AUGGUGAAGUCGCGUAACAACAAAGCUGGCAAGAAGACGGAGGAAGGUGGCCGCGGAAAGGAGCAUGCGACGAACGUAACUGACGUACCCGUGCCUGACGCUGCUGACAAGAGUCGGCCCAGUUCACCAGCGACGCCUGCCGUGUUUGGUCCUUUCGAAUACCUGCUAGAUCUGCAAAACAAGGCGGAUAAUGUUGCUGACCCUGGUGACGGUACCGUUGUUGACGAGGCUGAUUCUGAAGGACAAGACCAGGGCUCGGCGAAGGAAGGUGCUGCUGAUACAGGCAAUAAGGAUGAUGAAGAAGAUGACUUGUCUGAUCCGGUCCCUGAGGAUGAGGACGAUGGGUAUCUGAGCGAUGGCUCGGACGAGCACCUGGAACCUGCUUCGCUUUCCAGUGCUUUGGCUUUGAAGCGAUUCUCACUAACCUUGCUGGUGCCGAUCCUCAGGAAAGCAGAGGUUAAGCGCGCGGCUGUGACGAUUGCUGCGUUGUUGGGUGACUCGAAGGACCAGUUAACUCCGGAUGUGCUGCAGACAACGACCUACCAGGAGCUCACGGCGACCUUUUUCUCUGGCACACGCUAUGGUCGGCUGCAAGUCACGUUUAACCACGUCAGAGAUGCGAACUUCGUAUGGAACCAGUCGGUCGGCGCUUCGUCUGCCCCUAGCGGGAGACGCCGCACCGGCAAGGGCAAGGGGGGCAAGGGCGCUGGAGGGGCUGGCGGGGGUGGUGGAGGUGGUGGUGGAGGUAGUGGAGGGGGUGGGGGUGGUGGUGGGAGUGGUGGCGGGGGUGGAGGUGUCGGUGGCAGCAGUGGUGGCGGAGGAGGCGGUGGCGGUGGCGGAGGUAGCGGAGGUAGCGGAGGCGGCGGAGGCGGCGGAGGCGGCGGAGGCGGCGGCGGCAGCAGUGGACCUGGUCGCGGCUCUUCGCUGAGGAGUGGCUCCGGUGGUGGUAUGCGCCAGCAGCAGCAGCGCAGUCGUGAGACCCUGUCCCCUCAGCAGCUUCGUGAGUGGUAUGCUGCGCGUCAGCGCGGGCGGGAGUAG